UUCACGUUUCGGGUAACACAGUACUACUGCCUUAUUAACAUUGCUCCACGCGAGUAUGUAGUUCAGACAGAUGGCGUAAUGCAACGGCUUAAAUUUCGUGGACGAGAUUUCUCGGAGCAUUGGUCAUCUCUCCCCUCAUCUCUGGUAUUAUAAUUCGCGUAAUAAUUUAUACAAAAUGUCUUCUCUAACCAAGCCAAAAUCUGAAAUGACGCCAGAGGAACUGGCAAAGAGAGAGGAAGAGGAAUUUAACACCGGACCUCUCUCUGUUUUAACACAAUCUGUCAAGAAUAAUACCCAAGUAUUGAUAAACUGCAGAAAUAAUAAGAAGCUGUUGGGACGAGUAAAGGCAUUUGACAGACAUUGUAAUAUGGUUUUGGAAAAUGUAAAGGAAAUGUGGACGGAACUUCCACGUACAGGAAAAGGCAAAAAAAAGGCAAAACCGGUAAACAAAGACAGAUUUAUCCCAAAAAUGUUUCUACGUGGAGAUUCUGUCAUCUUAGUUCUAAGAAAUCCAUUGGCAACUGCAGCGGGAAAGUAAUACAUUAAGGACAAUUUUAAUAUUAUAAACUAAGAUUAACGCUGUAAUAAAUAAAAUAAAAUAAAAUUUGAUACAAACGU